ACCUCAUUAGCACAACAAGAUGAACACCAAAUUCAUGGAAGUAGUCACUUCAAUGAUAGUAAUGUAUAAAGGAAAGAUUGUGUAUAAAGAUAUAGUACAGGAAGAAAGAAUCAGUUCGUAGAAAGAAAAAGAGUGCACACACCUACGCCAUUGUGAUAGAUUCUGAGCCAUGUCACCCAGAGUAUCCAACCAUUCAUUACGAUAGUCACGCGGACCCCAGCCAAGUAGUCUGCAUCUACCAACAUGACUCAGACUGGAAGUUAGUGACUUCAAGCAUUAAUGCCACGUUUUAUUUUGGCCACUCCUAACUUUCUUCUAGCCGUCUUCAACACUAGUCAGCAUUGCACGUCGUGGUAAUCGGUGUUCAGGCAUACGCAACACAUGGCCCAACUAUCUCAGUCAAUAAAUAUUUACACUCUCAUCAACUGAUUCACUAUCAUUCCCUAAUACCCUGCGUCUAACCUCACUAUUACUUACCCGUUAUCCCAGCACAUGAGAACAACAUUUCUAAGACAUUCAUGAUCAAAUACUAGUAACUUACGAGUAUCUUCUACCCUCAUUGGCUACGUUUAACAGCCUUCAAGUAAAACAGAAAAAACUGCUGUGCAAUAUACUCGUCCCUUAAUUGAUAGACGGAUAUCUCGCCUUCGCCAUAGGUGGCGUAAGUUGGCAAAAACCAAACGAGCUUUUAGAAUCUGCUGAGAUUUCUUCUGACACCAACCCAUUAGGGCUUUUCAGACUCCCAAGAUAAAUGGAGUUGUCAACGCAUUCGACUACUUCACCCCCUUUCCUUAGUGCAGUUAUUGACCAAGGCAAGUCCAAAAACAACGAUUUUCAUUUAGAGAGGGAGAAACGCGUCUCAAACAUCUUGGCAUUGUCGCUCAGUGCUAUCAAAAGACUGCAUUUCAUCAGCGUCUUCACCAAACAGGACUAUGUCAUCUGUGUACUCUAAGUCGAUAAGUGGACCUCCUGGUAUGAGAUCAAUUCUUGAAAAUUUAGACGACUAAAACGUUAUUUCCAGCACUACGUCUAUGACAAAGUUAAACAAAAAUGGAGAAAAUGGGCAGCCUGACUCGACUGGUAGUGUUCGAGUAAAGAGCCUUCACAAUGUUUAUGUACUUCCGAGGUACGCCUUUCAGUGACAAACACUACCACAGAAGCCCUCGAUCUGCAGAGUCAAAUACGGCUUUCAAGUCAUGGAAAACCAUCAUUGUUAGACGCUGAUAAGCAUGGCUAUGUUCCAACAUCUGAGGAAUAGUGAAUAUGUGUUCGACGAAGUCACAACUAGGUCUGAAGCCAGCCUGGUCUUCUCGUGUUUGCGGUUUACGAGCCUUUGUUAGGCUUCCAAAAAUUAUUGAGGCUAGUGUUUCAGACGCUAUAAUAGUCAAACUGGUCCCUCUAUGGUUAUCACAAGAUCGUUUUGACCCCUUAUAUAUUGGGACGAUCAGUGAUCACGAUUAGUCAGAUGAAAUUACGUACAGUCCCCAGAUUUUAGCUAAGAUAUUUGUCAACCUAAUCGCUAAGACUGGAUCAUCAUCCUUAAAGACCUCUGGAGUUAGUCCAUCUGAACCAGUUGCUCUCUCGUUUCAGACUAUCUAUAGCUUUUUAAACCAAAGUCGGGGGAUUUACUUCAAUGUUCCAUUCAGGCUGUUUUUUAAUGGUAGGUAGUAGUAGUAGAGUAAAUGAAGGCCAGCUGGACUGAGAGCAGAUAAGUGUUGUCUUUUUCCGAGAUCAUAUCACUUACACUUGACUUAUUAAUUCCGGUUUCUUUCUGGUUUUACCUACAGUCGCUAUUGUUUUCAUCUCUUUUGAUUAGCCUAGAUCUGAUUUGCUUUCGCUCUUCACCGUGUUCGGAGCCUAAUAGGAUAAGUUUACAAGAGUUUAUCGGUCCAAAGGGGUGUCGCGGACUUCCACUUGUUUUUCGUGACGCUUUGGUUCAAAUCACCAAUAGAUAUCGCUGCUGUUUCUACAGCUUUUUGUAUAUCUUUCCAAGUAACAUCUGGGUCAGCCUUGUUUUCAAAAUUGCCCCAAUGUGACUUCAGUUGUUCCUGGAAUUUACCUUUGGUCUUCUCAUCGCUGAGUUCAACUCUAAUAGGUCUCCUUAAUCUGAAUUUUCUGUGUCUAGUGAGGCGGUUAUCACUCGGCUGCCUACACCGUGGGAGGGUUCUCCUAGGGGUACCUGAAAAGGAAAUUUGGGUUAGAGGUGGUCUUAGUCACCUGAGAGUGUGACCGCAGUGCCAAAGAGACAACUGCGUGAGGUCGGUCACACACGACCUUUUUGUGAGUAAUUUUCAUGUUAGCUCCGUACUUGUUGAGACUUUACCGCUGGGGACGAAAAUCCGUGGGAUAAGGUGAGGUGUGUACUCUUCGGUUGACGUUUUUCUAACCUCACCCUUUCUCUGUGGGAAGGCACCAUUGCUUUCAUGCUAGUUGUCUAAGGGAAAUACUUUACUGCCGUCACACCUCUGUACAGUCAGCAGUACGAAUCCGCCUUUGAACCUUGGGUUUGCUGCAUUUGGUCUUACCGCUCAACAGAUCUAUCUGGCAUGGUAGGACUUUGAUUAACGAUUGUCCCAGACAUUAUGGCGCGAUUGGGUCAUAAAGACAGGCACACCUGACAACCACUUCAAGGUAGCAACAACGGCCGGGACCUAAACUGUAAGCCUAGACAUAAUUACAGAUCUGCAAUCGUUUGUGCCAAAAUGUGUAUAUUUCUUCUGAUCCAUCCUUACAUCUAUAAACUGAACUUUUUUUCGUUUAGGUAACCAAAAUGAUUCAAUGCGAACACCGAACGCCAUACUUGGAAUUCGUUAUUGAACAUAUUGUGUUUAUUUUCAAACUUCUCUGGUGCUUUUUUCUUGAAGUUGCCAGCUAUGUUUUGCAAACAAUCAGUCCAGUUUAUAAGGAUCUUUCAUCGGACAUUAUACUUGUCACUGGUGCAGGAAAUGGUAUUGGCAGGCUCAUGUGUUUGGAGUUUGCGAAAUUUUGUCCAAACAUAAUAGCUGUUGAUAAGAAUGAGAAGGGUCUAUUAGAAACAUCGAAGUUGGUUCAUAAGGAAACUAACAUUCAAAUUAAAUUUUAUGUAUGCGAUUUAAGACACAAAAAAGCUAUUGAUGAACUUUCGACAAGCGUUUUGAAAGAAUUUGGAAAAGUUACUGUUUUAGUGAAUAAUGCGGGUGUCAUGAAUGCAGAAUUUAUCACUGACCUAACACAUGAUUCCAUAGAAGAUUGUUUCCGAGUCAAUGUCUUGUCACAUUUCUAUUUAAUUCAAGCAUUCUUACCAUCUAUGAUUAACAAAAUAGAUGAGAAUUCAAGCUCUGGUAUUCCAGUUAAAUUUCGUCAUCCCAGAGGACAUAUCGUUUGCGUUUCAUCAAUAGCUGGUCGGGUACCUCUAGCAGGUGGUGCAGACUAUUGUGCAUCAAAAGCUGCAGCUCUGUUAUUUUCUGAAUCAUUAGAAUUGGAGCUGCUUAAGUUGGGUGUGGAUGAUGAAAUUCGUGUUACACGUAUAUUACCUUUUCUACUUAAUACAGAUAUGUUUAAGGGUGUUACACCCAAACAUCCUUUGCUCUUCCCUACUGUGGAUGCAAGCUAUUGUGCAAAUCGAAUCGUUCAAUCUGUACGUUUAAAUGAACGAGUUGUUUAUGUAUCGGCCCGAUAUCGUAUACUGCCCAUCUUACAAAUACUUUUUCCAACUAAAACGAUUCAUUGUCUGUAUGAAUACGCUAAUACAGGCAUGUAUGUUGAUCAAUUGAAGCUUUAUCGAAAAAAAAUCGGUGCCUUCAGUUAA